UGUUCGCUCAGCCUGCGCGGCAGCCUCGCUGCGCGCAGAGCGCCAGGCAGCGUAGACGCUUCAGUGCGCAAAUAUCGUUACGCCACGACGGAAGCCACAUGCCGAGUUCGCGAUAGCAGCGCCUCCCCGCACGCCUCCUCGUUGCAGACGCCAUAGAUGCAGCGUAAUGCUACGUUCUCGCCUAUUUUUCUUCACGCUCCGUCAGAUUUUGACAGAGGAGAUAUCGUGAGGCGCAGAUGUCUUUCGUUCUUCUUUCGUUUUAUUUUUUUUGCGCGCUGCAUAUCCUCCUUUAUAGGAGCGCGAUGAAAACAGAAAUAGUAAGCGCUGUAAAUUAAAAGUGCUUCUCUUCCUCGUCGCGAACACGUCGCCAGAACUGCGAGGACAGGAACGAGAACUACAGCCGCAUCUCUUCGUCGGGGUAAUAACCGAAAGCAUGAUUGCAGUUGACAGCACAGUCUCUCACAGCGGAGCGGCCCGCUUCGCCGCCCGGCGAUGGACGCGGCAAGCGCGGAAAGGAUAACAUGAUUCUGCGCGACGGAGCGGGCGGCCUGCCGGACCCGAUGUCGACCGCACCCAACGGCUCGGUAGCCAGCUGGACGCGCGACGAGGACCCCGGCUCGGGCCAGAACGCCGCCGUGCGGCUCACGCUGCUGUCGUGCGUGUCGGCGGCCGGCUCUCUGGGCGGUGUGUUCGUCAUCAGUGCAGUGAUUGUGAUGGAGCCGCUGCGCACGCGCGGCAACGCUUUCCUCGUGUCGUCGGCGCUGGCGCACCUGCUGGUGUCGGCGCUGCUGCUGCCGUCCACGUGCGUGGCCAUCCUGGCGGGCGUGACACGCGACCCGGGCCUGUGCCACUUCCAGUGGGCACUGCUCGUCGUCUGCCUGGUAGCGAGCCUGCUCUCGUUUGCUUGCCUGGCAGCCAGUCAGGGGCUGGCCCUGCGCUGCUCGCGCGGCGCCGUGCUUGCCGCGGCGCUGGCCAGCUGGAUCGUGGCCACCACCGUGGCACUUGGCCAGCGUGGCCUCGGACUGGGACCGACGUUUUGCGGUGGCGCGCCCAUGGCCAGCAACGUGCCGCUGCAGGCGGCCGUGGCGGCGCUGUGCAUCCUGGUGCCCGUGCUGCUCACCGUGUUGGGCUUCGGUGUGGCGCUGGCGCGCAUGCGGCGCCACGAACCCGACGGGGCGGCGCUCGAGCUGCUCAAGAGCCACGUGGCCGUGUAUCUGCUUACGCUGGCUAUGUGGGUGCCCGGCGUGGCGCUGGCCGCCGUGUCAAUCAGCCGCGAGGUCCCGCCGCACCUGGUCGACGUGGCGUGGUGGCUGGCGCUGUCGCACUCCUGCCUCUACAGCUACGUGUAUGCCGCCACGCACCGGACGUUUCGUGUGGCCUUCAACAAGCUCUUCUUCUACUGCUGCUGCAAGAGCCACGUGACCUUCUCGAGGCCCUCGCGUGAGCAGCGCAUCGGGCCGCAGGGCUCCGGCGUCGGUCUCCGGGUUCACAUUAUUCCCGCCAUGAACAUUUACUCGGCCAAAAAGGACUCUAGUCAGGCGGCCGUCAAGCACUGCGUCCAGGGAAAAGGGCUGCACUGCAGCUACGACCUCUAGCUGUGGGCCCCUCUUCCUCACAGUGUGGUGCUACGCCGCAGGUCUUCGCAGUGAAACCACUCAAAGCUCUGCUUCUCAGCUGUCGGCGCAAACGGGGACGAUAUGUGUCUGUGCUAUAUAAGUGUUUUCAGUAUUCCUAAACGUGACAUCAAAAAGCGAAUGCCGCGGAAGCAUUUGUCGUAUAAGCAUAUAUCUAACGGUCCAGACUUGUGUGUCAGUGGAAAAGUUCUGUCUUUUUUCCAUCCCCGUCCUAUUGAAUGUUGCGAAAAUUGUGUUUCACGGGUCGAGUUAUGUGUACUUUUGUCCUUGGAUGCAGGAGAAGAAGACUCGAGAAUGCCGGGGAAAAUUACGAUGAAAACGGGCGACGACCUUUUAUUGUUUUCCUAGCAUUGCAAUGUCGUGAUUAGAACAAGACACAUUCAGCGACAAUAUGUGCAUUGUUGCUUGUACAGAAAUCACAGUCACUGUCAAGACCUGCGUAAGGUCAGCUGAAGCUUUCGUCACUAGCCAUUGCAGGCAGAGCACAUAAGUCUGAACACAAUGGUCAACUGUUUCUUGUCUUGUGAAAAGAAACAGCAUGAAAGCAAUGUUGCACAACAAAAUAUGCCGCGUUGUCUUAGUUCGCACUUACUAAUGAAAGAUAUCGAAAUAUGGUUAUGACUACAUUCCCCCAUAAAGUGCGAACUCGCUUACAUCUGCAACUGUCAGAUUCAAAACACUGUUAAUGCGUUCAUUACUUCAAUUUUGGGGAGGAGCCGUAAGUCCUCAAAGCAAGGAUUUUUGUCCCAUAUCUUACUCUUUGCGUCAUUCUAGGGACGCAAAUUGUAAAGCACCUACAUUGAUAAUCUUUCUCAACUCCUUUCUCAACUGCAACAAAACACCUGAAUCGCGCUACGGCAGCGCCUUAUAGAAGUCUUAAAAAAGCGAACGAAAGAAGAAUUGUGACGAAAGAACCGAAUCAAAUAUUUAUGUAUCUCAGUUUCGUAGAUGGCUUUAUUUUUAAGAUAAACUAGUGACAGAGCAACCGCGAAGAAGCGUUGUCGUGCUCAAGCUAGACUAUUUUUGUUCGAAGUUGACGCGUCGGCGCCCUUACUCCAACUUUUGCUAUUCAAAAGAAAGCAUUUUUGUAGUUGUUGCGUACCGUUACCAGGGCAGGCGUUCGGCUUACUAAUAUUCAGCAGUGCUUUCCGUGGCGACUACCAGACAAAUGGCCUUCAGGUACAAAUGGCUGAGGCUCGCAGAUGUCUACUUUAUUGCGAGAUUUUGCAAGUCCGUUAGUCCGUUGCAUUUAAAAGAUUCCCGGAAUUUAAAAUCAUUGCCCAAGAGCCGCGACAGGCGCUCUAUUUUUGAACAAAGCGUUCCCUCUGUUCCUUUGGCCGUGACACAGUAUUGCUGCUUAGGUGUAUACUCGCAACACGCUUCGACUCAUACGUCCGCCGCGUAGACAUCGAAGCCGUUGAACACGAUUUUCGGUGACAAGCCGCAACCACAGUGCCAAACUAUUUCACCGAAUGAGUAGAUGUUUAGGCUUAGACAAAAUAAAACGUGAAUCUUAAAAAGCCCGGAAUUUCAAAGUGAACACAAGUAUAAGAGCUACAGGAAGCUUCUAAACGUACCAAGAAGAAAAAAAAAGCCAAUGAAGUGCCUGCUACUACUACAACACGCUUAGAAAGAUGGUCGGACAAGCUUCGCAUCGACAUCACUCUAUCAGUUAGCCCAUAGCUGACAAAUUCAAUAGCGAAGAGCUCGGCACAUGCAACCCUGGAGGAAAAGACAAUGCUUAGGCGAGGCUAAGAGGAAAAUGACACACGCGCACACACUGUGCUACUUUCGGUUUCCUCCAAUGUUCCGUGAUGUGCCACACCUUCCGACCCCUAACCUCUACGCCAGGGUUCUCUAACACGCGGCCCGCGGACCUCUCGCUAGAGGUCCGUCCCGCACAUUACUGUCUUCGUCCCAUUUUUUUUUCUUAAUAAGUAUGUUCAUGAGCUACACAGGCCUGACUGGUCUAAAUCAUUUUUUUCUUGGGCCCCCCCUGCGCUCACCAUGUUUUGGUUUAUAACCGUAAAACUAACUCGAUAUUUCAGAAUGGGCAUCCAGAUUUCAGUCAUUUCGGAGAUCGGUAUCGAUAUGUUGUGGAAAUCCCGGACACGGGAAAUGUCUUCUUUCACGUGGCAGCGUUAGCUGACAUUUUGGGCAAACUACCCGCCCCCUCCCGCUCCUACCUUCUUUACUGUCCGGGCUCUUCCGGGAGUAAAUUUUCGUGGCUGCGGCCCGCUAGCUGAGGUGAGUUUGAGACCUCUGCUCUACGCUGUUCUGCAGUAAAAUCUUUACGUUCAGGCUAUACACGUGCCCAAGAGACAAAAUUGCAGGUCAGGUCCCUUCCGUGUUGUUCAUAUAUAUUUCGAGCAAGAAUGUCAUUGUCGCUACGAAUAGGGGCACCGUUAUUGUACUGAACGAAAUAGGCAAAUAUUGUUUUUGUGCUGAUUGAACUUGUUGGCUUUUAGGAGAUAACAUGCACACGAACCAGCUGGUAUCACCCUAUUAUUUUGGCGACACAGUGUGCCUGUGGUCUCAUUUCGUUCCUUUCCCACCAAGAAUGCCGAUCCAAACAUAAAGAAACGCAGCCUGGACUCUCCAUUCACCCCUCCUCUCUUGAGGAAAAAAAAAUCCGCUUUCGAAGUUUCGGCAUUAAUUUGUGAACCUCAAUCGCAAGGUGAAAGUAACCGUUCUGGUUCUUUCCUAAACGUUGCUGAGGAGCGUUAUGGAAGGAGCUCAGUGCAGGCAUAAAGCAGUAAUAUUCCGCUUCUACAGUGAGUGCUGUGAAUAACCUCGACACGAGAGCCGUGCUCUAAAAUGCUUGUUGUGGCGUGUCGUCAUUGCGUGGUGUGUGGCACGCGACGUGGUUUCGAGUCUCCGGGAAAGGAAACCAUUGCAAGUAAUCGAGAACAACUUUGUUUAAAGGGACUUGCUUGGAGGGCCUAAAGAUGAAGAUGAAGGAAAGGCCUUGGAAGGCCUAGCUUCUUCAGGACGUGUGAGCGCUGCGGCGUCCUACGCAUUUGUUCAUGAUCCCGACUAGAGACUGGAGGGAUUCUACUUUUGGAGGGGGCGCUUUGUAUUAGUUCCUUCGUGCAGGGCGCACAACUUGUUUUCUCAGCAACGAUUCACCUUCACAAUUUAAGCUGAGCUGCUUUAAGCGGUUCUCUGAGACGCUACUUAAGAAGCAUACUUUGGCUUGGCUUUUUAUCGCAAGAAAAGAAUCUCCCUGCCGUUCGUUCUUAUUUUUUGAUAUUGUACUUAUACUUCACAGUGACCGUUUUUACUCAUGAGGUAGAAUGCAGUGGGCGAUCCCAAAUAACAAAAAAAAAAUCUUUUUUUGAAAGAAGGCUAAUCGAGAUAAAUAUUACGGGCUGGGCUAACGCAACGCAGCGCAGUUGAAAUCACUAGUUUUCUCUUUCUAUUUAAUAGCAGUUGUGUAGACGAAUCUCAAAUAAGGCCGCAAUUAAUGGUCACAUAGUGGGAAAAAAAAUUCUGCGCAGAAAAGAAAAGAAACACUUACGUCCGUGAGCUGCAGGCACUUGUGCCCUUGAGAUGAAUUAAUGAGGUUUUGACGUCAACCCAAGGCAGUUCUUACGAUGAUAUAGGCGUUUGAUAUUUUACAGUGUGGUCGUUAAUGGCCUAUUACACGUUUAAUUAGUCGUUUGAUAAAGAAAUAAAUAAGUACCUAGUAUAUUUAUAUCGCGAAAUGAAUUUAAAAAAAAAGCUAGUGCGUUCGCUUGACGUGCACAAGGGUGUUUUCUCGUGCCCAUAUGAAGUGUCUCUAGUCUGUCGUACAUAUCAAGUGGAAAAUGCUUCGUACACACGUUUUGAUGUCGCGAGCAACCUGUAUAAAUAGUCGACCUUAUAAUCCAGAUGAACCAGCUCGAACGGGAGUCAAAUCUGGCGCUUGUGCUCGAAAAGUGGAAAACAGUGCACUGCAAAAAGUACACUGGCACCUGUGUUCUGCCGAGAUGUCGACUUCACGUCCGUCGCAGCCUUUUUAUUUGGUAAUGUGGAGGCGUAUCCGGUAUAUAUGUCGCUCGCUUUGCAGUUAGCUUGCUCCAUCGCAUGAAGUGAAACAUGAAAUGUCCCAGUCAUUUUUUUUUUCUUCGAAAUUUCCGCUAGUAUUAUUAUUACUUUUAAAUGCUGUUUGUUUUACACGCUUUACACGCCCAAAAGGGUUGGUCUUCACAGCGACAUUAUACUUAAUAAAUGAAACUGAAAACAUACACACACCUCGAAACAAAGAAACACUUGCACACUGAAAAUUCCUCGAUGUCGAAAAGCGAUAAUUAGACGCUGAUUUCAUAUACACGUUUCCACGUAGGUAUAUUGCACGUUACAAUACAGAAACUAUUUACGGCCUGGUGCAAUGGCCGAAUUCGCGUUUAGAGCGCUUCCUGGGGAGUUCGGUGUCACUUCGUCCUCCAAACUUUUUUUUUAUUUCGUAGACAUGCAAUUGAUGCUGCAUAUAGACAUGCUGGUUGACUUCUUUGUCCUUGUCAUUAAUUCGUGAAAAGUCGCUGGACGGCGGAAGCAAGAUUAAUUUGAAAGCAAUGAGAAAUUGCAAGACGGGUAUACGCGUUACAUACAAGGUGUUUUUUUUUUGCACAAUACAGAUUUUUUAUAAGAAAUGUAUGACAGUCAGGCCUGUAGUUUUCGCAUACGAACUCUAUGUCGAGGCGGAAAUACUUUCCCACAGCUAAAGCGACGUUGAAGCGACUAAUUAACAACAACUCAAUGACUAACUUUUUUAUUUAUUGAAUUGAAGGCAUUUGUUUAUAUUAGAAAAUUUUAGUGCAUUAAAAUUCAUGGCAUACCCAUUUUAUUGCGAUUGCAAUUAUAUGGACACUCGCGGCUGAUUUUUGCCGUCGCCGUCAUGUCCCGGAUAUAUAUAUAUAUAUAUAUAUGAAAAGGCACAAAGAAAAAUAAGCAGAAGAAAAAAAUUCCGAAGCACCCGACCGGGCAUUCGAGCCAGCGACCCCUCGCGCCCCAGCGAGCUGCGUUAGGCAACUCAGCCAUGCGCCGUGCAUGCGCCGGCGAAAUAACGGCGAGCUAUUUAUACACACCAUUUACCGCUGGUGGUAAGCAAAUCUCGGCGGAGCUUGAGCGUGUUUUCUAUCACGCAACGCCCCUACAUUUUCUUUUAAUUUGAAAACUGCCCUUGAGACGCGCACGACAAAGUAGCCCCUUUCUGUACCAACUCAUGAUGUGGAAGGAAAAAAAAAACAAACAAAGAACACCGGGCACACCUUGCGUCAGAUGCCCCCGUGUGGAAGGAGACGCAAAGGGGUCACUCCACACGCCGCAGUUUAAAAGAAAAAGAAAUACCUAUGAGCGUCUGGUUCUCCACUGUCGACACUUGCAGCGCGUUGCUCAAGCACAAAGACGCAACUCUGACAGUUGUUAGUUCACGCUUGCCCUGUGCAUGCCUGUGCGUUCUUUUCGGGCUUCCUUCUUUGUGCUUCAGCGGCGCGCUGCAAGUAUCAAGCUGCUACUCGUUCUUCGUGUGACAUUCCAAUUUCUUGCUAUCGCAUUCAUUGCUUCGCCCUUGCGGCGAAACUGUGACUUUUUUUUUUUAGAAAUCACAAAAGUUGCACGAAGUUCGAGAUAUUCAGCAUCGAAUUUCGAGGGCGAAAUAGAAACUGACGGCGCCCGGCGUGCACAAAGCGCGGCGGAACACCGGAACGACACGUGACAGGGAAGUGACGAAUUUUCACUGAAGGUUCGCGGAAGCAGAAUAUGGUAAAAAAGAAAAUCGGCAAGUCUUCUGAAAUACACCAGUAGAUAGCUUAAUGUCUGAUGCGAUGGGUGGUGCUUAUCUGUUUCUUUCUUAAAAUAUAAAGAGGCGCGAAAAAAUAUUUCGCCUGUCUGCAAGAAAAAGCGCCGCAGUGACUGACCCUGAAUUUUAUGUCUGCCAGACAAAGAAAAGGUUGACGUUGUUGUUUUCUUGUGCACAGUUCGAAAGAAACGGAUUAGCACCAAACACUACGCUCAAAAGUAGGGCGAUGCGCAGGCACAGUGAGAUGACUUGCAGCCUUUCACAAAAACACGGCCAUGGCGCGACUUCGUUCAAAUUUCGUCACUCUCUUGUGACGGGUAGUUCCGGUCUGACGUAACAGAACGGUCGCGCUUCUUGCGCGCCUUGCGCAAUUAGUUUCGAUUUCACCCUUGGAAUUCGAUGACGGAUAUCUCGAACUACGCGCAACUUUUGUGAUUUCUAAAAAAUAGGCAUGCCAUAAAUUGGCAUGCACUACAACUUUGUAAUAUAAACACCUGCCCUCAAGUCAGUAAUUAAAAAGUUAAUUUGCGAGUUUUCCUUAAAUAGUUGCAACAGUGUCAAUUUAACUGCGGCAAAGUAUUUUCGCCUCAACGUGGAGCUCGUGUGCGAAAACGUGAGUCUUACUGUCAUAGGAUUUUUAUUAAAAACCUGUAUUGUCUAAAAAAACACCCUGUAUAUAAUAUACCUGCGUUUAUUAAUACCUUGUCAAACGUUGCGAGCUUUACAAGCAACGUCGGCGCGCACAUGAAAGGAGCCUCGAGAAUACGCAUUCUUCGACGCAAAUGCGCAGCGCAAGAACACUUGCUACGAAUACGCCUGUUUUUCGCCAAUCGUUAUACAUAUCGCGAAUGCAUAAUUCAAUAUAGUGCAACACUUUUUGUUGGUGAGGCUUGUACGUUUAUGCUGAGCACGGUCAAUUAGCGGUAACUUUUUUUCUUUUACUUUUCUGCACUGUGGUUCUUCCAUGUGCACCUACGUACAUAAAUGGCGUACGCGGUGCUUUAUUUCAGUGAUUACCGGUCCUCCCUCUGUCAGUAAAGAACUUUAAAUAGCAUUCCUUCUCUGCAUACUGCACUGAAAGGAGAGCCGCAAACGUUUGUGGACCGUACAUUGAAUGGACGCCCUCGUUUUGGAUUCGGCGCCCAUGCCUCGGUCCCAUGCUUAUAGUUCACCUUCAAGAAGACAGCUCCGAAAUAACAGUGCAGUUGUUCUAGGGGUGGGCCUGACGACAGAUGAGUGUCCGCAUGUCACGUUCCGGUUGCCAGAUACACACAUACAUGGCUAAGUCUCGAUCGCGGACGAAGCGGUAGCCACACAGUGAAACGGGGAAGGGCGUCGCGCAAAAACCGGUUCCCAGAUACGCCCAUAGAUGGCGUCACUGCCUCGGUCGCGGACGAAGCGGUAGCCGCAUAGUGAUCACAGAGAAUCACAAGGGGAACACAGGAGAGCCGCAACUCCGCUGUUUCAGCAGAUUUUACACUGGAUGGAACUGGGGUAAUUUUUUUUUCCACUUUCGUUUAAGAAGAAUAUCACAGUUCACUUCCAGCUGUCGGUUCUGCUCCAGUUAGGUUGGUUCUCUUAGCACGAGCUUACAAAACAAAAGCAAACAAACAAACAAAAAAAAAACACGUGCGAGCAGCAGUGUAGCGUGCGCCAGUAGAGGGAGUUCACGUCAGGCUUGGGCCCCGGAGCUUCGCCUUCGGGUCCCGGGACCCUUCCGCCUAACGCUCGCGAACACCGUCCUUGAGACCCGCACGCGACGCCCAGCGACGAGAAGCGAGGCCCCCGGUGCAUCUUGCCAUUUGGUCCAGGCAACGCCACACGCACACACACGCUCCGGCGAGGACGUAGCCGCUAAUGGCGCUACCCUGUUUCGCGCACAAACUUACACGCACGAGUUCAAGCCUCAUCGCACACUGUCCAAGCUGAGUGUCACACACACGCCGCACACAAACACACACGCAGUGAUUUAUCGCCGUCCACCAGUGCGCCUUUCGAAGACGGAAGGAAAUCUCACAUAGGUUGUGGAUUAGUUGCUUUCCUAUAAGUACGGGCAGCGUUCUCAUCGAAAGCAGUGUGCGCUUUCACAAGCGCCCCCAGUUAGAAGACUUACGAUUCCUUCCACUAAACAGAUUAUAGUAUUUAGGAAAGCGCAUAGGGAUUCAGCCUUCGCUUUAUUCGUGGGGUUCACUUGACGGGUACGGCGUCGCAAACUGUUGCUGCACCUGCCGCAACCGGCUAAUCAUUAAACUGGACUUUAACAACCCGGUUUAGCAUUGAUUUUGAUGUGGCCAGGAAGAAAAGUAUCCUUUGAGCUCACACAAUAUUUUCCUUGUUGUUGCUAUUAUUAUUAUUGCUUAAUCGACACACACACCCUACAUAGAAUAUUACUCGAUCAUUCGCACGAAAAACAUUCACUGAAAGUUGUUCACACAUUUUCACGUAGAUCGAUCCCGAACGUAAAUUUACGGUGUUCAAAGCCUAACGCUGCCCUCGCUACAGCUCGCACAGACUGUCGCUAGCUGCUGUGUUGGCCCGCCUUGACGACAGACCCCUGUCGGAACAGUCAGUGCUGGAAUGCCGACCCGAACUGUCUGCACAGCGAAAAUCAUUUAAGGCUUUACUGAACUUUUUGCGUGCCAGUGGCCUAUUGAAUAGGCUUUAGUACUGCCGAUCUACAGCUUCCUUUUGUUUAUAUCUUUUUUUUUAUCGCGCGCCUGCUCUUCUCUCCGCUGUCCUUUCCAUCUUUCUUUCCCUUUCCCCCUCCCCUUAGUGUAGGGUAGCAAACCGGAUGCUACAAUUCUGGUUAACCUCCCUGCCUUUCUCUCGUUUUAUUAUCUCUCUCUCUUCAAAGCCUAAGUGACUUUUGUGCUACACAAAACAGAUAACAGACAGUAUUACCAUAUACUAUAUAGAACAAGAACACACGAAAUUUUCGCCAAGGCUUUUCGGAGUAUCGCUGUGUUGAUGAUUCUGCAAUGUAGCCAUGUUAUGUAUAUCCACAAGCGUAUCUCAGAGACCAUAGAUCAGACGGAGACCAUGUGCGUAUUCGGGGAUGAGAAUGAAGACACUGCGGGGGAUUGAUUCUAUUGGCAGUGUACGUAGCGCAUCUAACUAUAACAUAACAGUGAAAUGACCGACAUUUCGCCGGCACCUAUAAACCAUUCACAUUUGGCGUAAAAAUAUGGACUAAUAUAAAUGAAUGAUUCAAUCCAAUGGAAAAAAAAAACAAUAUGCGACCUCCUGCCUGUCAGGCCGUAUGCGUUGUUAGCAACACCAACAACGUACUAUUUGUAGUUGUAAUGCAUGUGGCGAGUUCAGUUUUUCGAAGGCAACAAGUGAGCGGCGAAAGGCGAUCUUCGAAAAAAUGGAAAAAGAACAGACAAAAACAUGUUCGGUUGCUCACUGCUCAUCGACGUGAUAUAAAUCGACGUGAUUACUAAUAGAAAGGUUGCUAUAUGAGCUGUAAUACUGCAAAAAGAAAAAAAAAAGACAUUCGCAGAGUUCCCGUUGACCCACCCCAGCGAAGGUUCCCCAGCGCUCAGCAAAGAGCGAAAGUCUUGCAGAUUGCGAGUGAAACAUUGUACAAACACUGUCGCCAGUAUGUUGCCCAGAAACGGUUGUUGUUUGUAUACUCUGUAGCAUGUUGUCUAUAUUUUUUUGUCGACUUAUACAAGUACGCGCGUGCUCAUAUCUGUGGACGUUUCGCAUAUACAUGCUGCUCUUACAGACCGCAGUUUGUUCAGUAUACUGUAUGUAUGUACCGCUUCGCUUCGAUUGCCUUCUCCGUGAACUUUGGGUUGAUUUUGUUGCGUGGCCUAUAUGUUCGCGGAUGGGGGGGAGAAGGGGGUAUGUGUUCGUAGCAAGAAGCUCAUGCACACCACAGCAUGCGGUAAAGUGAAGUGUUUUAUUACGGGAUGAAGAGUUGGAAAAAAAAAAGGAAAUAGAAGCGCACCGGUGAACGGGAACGGUCUUUCACAUCGCUCUGCCCGUCCGGGUACGUGCCUGGAUAACUGGCCGCAAAUGCCGCGCAGGCAGAGCCCAAGUUCGAACGACUCGAUUCCGACACUUCGGUUUCAGAAGCCUCGCCACCGCCCGAUGCUUCCAGCGCCGCGGGUCUCCCUGGUUACGCCGCGCACUACGUGGCGCAAACAGAGUCGACAGGCAUUUCGAAACUCACGUCGUAGAGCUUGACUGCGUUUGCGUGUCCGCCACCGGCGGUCGUAGCUUCAGCUUUCCUGUCAUACCUUUUUAGCUUCGCGAGCUUUCACUGUGGAACUGUGAGACCACUGAUUUUGGUGGCUCCGCCGCGAAUACGGAACACAGACCGUGGGUUGUUUGGCCUGCAUUGUGACUUUUGGUGGGGAGGGGGCACUCGCCGUGCGGCCCAGGUGAAACGGGACGCGUCGUUGUGCGUCAUGGCGAAGCUUAUGUCGAGAAGCGGGCGCCAGUAUCCGAUUGACUGCCACGAGCACUUGCGAGUCGGUUGCCGGGCGUAGAAAGGAUCGUCCUAUGAAAAAAAAAGUGCGGCUCCGGCAGAGACGCGCUGCUGUAAGCGCGCCCGUCUGUUGUACUCUAUACUCUACCUACAUGUGCAUUUCACGUGGCCGACCGGACGGACAGCAGAGCGACAGAAUAUUUUUCAACAGGAGGUAGUGCCCACCCAUUCGGCGGUCGACGUGCUUUUUUGUCAGUGUGUUGUUACAUCUGUACGUUUUACAAGCCUUUUACGAAAUUGUGCACUGCUUGUGUGUACAUGAUAAAUAAAAACGUUGCCGGUAUCUUUGUAAA